AUGGAAAAGGGAAAAGGCCACGUUCGUCCGAAUGGUUCUCGUUCCCUACCACGACUUUCCCCGCCCGCGUCUCAGAGCACUGCAGAACCCCUUUCGAGCGAAUCCGAUUCUCCAGUUCCAGACAUAUUAUUGCAAGACACAGCCAACAUUCUCGAGGACGGCCGCAUUUCAGUCGAUCUUGGGUCUAAAUUUGCGCAGGUCUUUGCUAAACUCAUUGAAGCCUCGGAGGAUGAGGAGCCCCCCACCAGUGAACCCCCACCAGCUUAUUCGACCAUCUCCGAAAUUGAUACCUGGAAACUACCUUUGAGUAUUGUUCUUCAAGUCGUCGGUAGUCGUGGCGAUGUUCAGCCCUUUGUCGCUCUAGGGUCAGAAUUGCAGCGUCAUGGCCACCGCGUGCGACUGGCGACUCACAAUGUCUUCAAAGAGAUCGUUCAAGGCGCAGGGCUGGAAUUCUUCCCCAUCGGAGGGGACCCGGCUGAAUUGAUGGCUUACAUGGUAAAAAAUCCGGGGUUGAUUCCUCGAAUGAAGACACUACGCGAAGGCGAAAUUGGUCGGAAACGCGAGAUGAUCCGAGAAAUUCUCGACGGAUGUUGGUCUUCUUGCAUUUCUCCAGAUCCAGAAACCGAAAAUCCAUUCGUUGCGAACGCCAUAAUUGCCAAUCCCCCUAGUUUUGCCCAUGUACACUGUGCGCAAGCCCUGGGAAUCCCAUUGCACAUCAUGUUUACCAUGCCUUGGACCCCGACUCGAGCAUUUCCUCAUCCAUUGGCCAAUGUGAACAAUAGCAACACCGAUCCAAAACUGGGCAAUUACAUCUCUUAUGGCGUGGUCCAACUCUUGACUUGGAAUGGGAUCGGGGAUGUUGUUCAGAGCUGGCGAAAUUCGAUCGACUUGGAGGACGUGCCAAUAUCGGAAGCUCCAUUUCUGAUGGAAACAUUGAAAAUUCCUCAUACCUAUUGUUGGUCACCUGCGCUCGUGCCCAAGCCUCGAGAUUGGGGUGCACAUAUUGAUGUUUGUGGGUUUUUGUUCCGAAAUCCGCCACCCUACACUCCGCCGGCCGAACUUGACGCCUUUCUUCGAGCCGGCCGGCCCCCGAUCUAUGUUGGCUUUGGCAGUAUUGUUAUUGAUGAGCCGGAGAUACUUGUCCGCACCGUGUUGGAUGCUGUUGAGGCUUGCGGCGUCCGUGCCAUUAUCUCAAAAGGUUGGAGUAAUCUUGACAGCAUGUUCGUGAAUGAAAAGAUUUUCUUUUUGGGUGAAUGCCCUCACGAAUGGCUCUUCCAACGAGUGUCCGCUGUGGUUCAUCAUGGCGGUGCUGGGACUACAGCUUGUGGUCUGUUGAACGGACGUCCCACGGCCAUCAUCCCUUUUUUUGGAGAUCAACUCUUUUGGGGCCACAUGGUAGCGGUGGCAAGGGCUGGCCCAACACCCAUUCCUUCCAAGAAUUUGAACAGCCAGAAUCUGAGCCAAGCUAUCCGGUACUGCUUGAGCGACCAAGCUGCCCAUGCGGCAAGACGGGUGUCCGAGAAGAUGAGAGCGGAAUCUGGUGUCAAGGCUGCCGUCGAAUCAUUCCACCGUCACUUACCGCUUCAGGAUAUGCAUUGCGAUCUAAUCAACAGCCUCCCGGCCGCUUGGGAAUGCACGAAGCCGAAGACAUCCAUCAAGUUGUCCGGAGCCGCUACCGAAAUUCUGCUUCAAUCUGGCAAAAUUAAACCAAAUGACCUGCGAUUGUACAGACCCAAACCUAUAUUCAUUGAGAAUCGUCGUUGGAACUUCGUCACCAGUGCUGCUUCCGUCCAACUUGAGGUGUCAUAUGAUAUUUUGGCUGCUCUGAGUGGCUUCUGGAGAAAUCCCCGUGCAAUUCACAAGCAAAGACAACGUGAAUUGGCUCGUCAUUUAGCCCAACCGGAUGGCUCUGACACGUCUAGCUACACCAAGCCAGAAACUUCCCGCAGAGACGUAGUAAGAAUGGUUGGUGCGUCUGCAAAGGCCCUUUCUGACCUCCCCGUGGCCUUUGUCAAGGGUCUAACUGUCGAUAUACCCGUGGCCGUCACCGAAGGCUUGAGAAAUACGCCCAAAUUGUACGGCGAAAAAGUCCCUGACCAUGUCCCUAUCACGGAUUGGAAAAGUGGCUUGACCGUGGCCGGGACUACUUUUGUCCAUCAGAUGGCGGAAGGUCUCUCAGAUAUCGUGGUGCAACCAGCUAAAGGAUUGGUCAAUGAAGGAGUAUUCGGAUUUGGGAAAGGAAUUGGCAAAGGUGCUUUGCAAACGCUGACAAAACCCGGUGCCGCAUGUGUAGGGCUUUUGGGAUACACCAGUCAAGGUAUCUACAAGUCUAUUCGAGCUGUCGUUCAUUCCAACACCAAGAAAACUGUUGCAUCAGCGCACAGAGUUCAAGAUAAAUAUUUCAUCCAUGCGAAUGGGGCACGUAUCGACAUUGUCCAGGUCAUUCAGGAGUUCGACAGAAUCUGUCUCAUCGGAAGAGGAAAUGGAAUUGAAAGGUCCAGCGGAACGGCGACCCCGACAAGCGUGACAAGAACAACGUCGGUGUCGUCUCCACCCUCAAUGUAUGAAUUGGGUGAUUCAUCAGUCUCACCGCCGACAUUCAUUGCUGAGCUCGAAGCCCCAUUAGCACCAGAAACUCUGUUCGGCAGGAUAUCAGACAGAGCCCACCCGGAAACGUGA